CUCCUCCCUCACGCCUGAAUCGCCACCGCCGAACUUCUCCAACCUCCAUUCAAGAAAUAUUUAAAAGCUUCACCCCCAUUGCGAAAAAUUGGUAUGAACUUUUCUCAGUAAAAAUUGGAACACUGUAGAUUCAAAUUUUGGAAAAAAUUCUGAAGAAAUCACUCUUUCUGCCCAACUUUUUUCUCUUCACAAUUUCCCGCCUAAAUGGCGACUUUGUAAUUUUCCCGACAAAUUGGGAUACAGACGAAGAUAAGAUAAUUGGUGGCGAGAUGAUGGGAAAGGAGAGCGAUGCAAGCUGUGAAACGGCUAUAGUGAAGGAAGAUGGACACGAAAUUGGUAAACCGGACAGAGAAGCAAGCUGUGAAACGGCUGCAGUGAAGGAAGAGGGAGAGGAAAAGCCAAAUUUGGAUGAAAUGGAGAGAGGAGAGGACUGGGACGGAGAGGAAGACGACGAUGAGUAUUACCUAUCAUCAGAGUCGGAAUUAGCGGAGGCGUUGGACUUUUUAGACGCGAGAGAAGAUGCAGAGGGCGGAAUACUUGAUGGAUCCUUCACGCCGCAGCACACGCGCCGCCCCAACGCUCACGGUGGGCUCCACUCUCGCCCGAACAACUCUUCUCUUCAGCCCAUAUCGAAUAAGUCGCAGAAAGUUGCCAAUCACAUCAGGGCUUCGCCUUUGGAGGAGUGGGAAGGAAGGUUUGAUGGUGGGAUGUCAAACUCUGUUACCACUGCAAUUCGCGGCAGUGUUCGCGAUAUGGCUAUUGGUAAAACAAGGACAACUGAGAAAGCGGAUCGGGCAACAGUCGAGGAGGUAUAUGGUGUUUGAUAGAGAAACGUUGAAUGUGCAGGUUUUUAGAUCUUUUACCUAGGCAAUUGACCCAAGAGCCAAGAACCCGUAUGGUUUUAUUCAAGAUGCUUAACAAGGGUAUCUUUAAUGACAUAAAUGGCUGCACUGCAUUUCAACUGGAAAAGAAGCCAAUGUAUAUCAUGCUACUAAAUCCGAUGGUCAGGAGCUUGGAUCGAACUUGUUACAUGUUCCGAUAGCAGUUUUCCCUCGGCAUAGGUUGUUUACGCAAAUUGAGAUAAGAUCAUAUGGGAGCAUUUUUGGGAGCUUUUCUUCUUCAUGCGAUCAGUUGUCAAUUUGUGAAUUAUGCAAAGUGAAAAUGGUUAAAAAAAAAAAGCUGAAAAACGAGACACACUCUUUCCUUCAGUAUAUGUUUGUGUAUCCUAGAAUAGGAUUGAACUUGCAGUGAGCUUUAUUUUAUUUCCUACUUUGUUCUUUUGUUCACUUAAUAUUUUUUAACAACAUUACAUAAA